AUGAGCUACAUCACCGCUGACAUGGUCUGGCCAGAGCCAACGAUACCAAAACCAUUCAGAGCGUUGGUGGAAAAGCUCUUGGAACUUGGCGAUUCCAACGACGCCGAUGCAGCGUCCAGGAUGGCUGUCGAGGUAUUCAGUCCAGAUGGCGUGUUUGACCACGGAAGUUACAAGUUUGUCGGCAGACAAGAGAUCUCGAAUAGUCGCAGCAAACCAAAGCCAGGAAGCAAGAUGAUCAGACGGAAGCAUCAUGUCUCACGGGCGUAUUCGCAAACGGCCAGAGGCGAUGACUUUGUCGUGCUGGGAGAGGUUGACGUGGAAUUCGAAAAUGGAACGACGGUGCACAAUCAAUUUGCGGCGAGAGCAGUCGUUGAUCAGUCGACAAUUGACUCUGAACCACGAUUAGCUCUUUGGGCCAUGUACAUUGCAAGUUUCCCCCCUCUUCUAAUAUGA